ACAACGCUGACUGAAUGUCGCUCGCCUUGUUCUUUACAGAUAAAUCUGCGUUCAGGGACGAUUUUCGCAACGCCAUAGACCAAGCCAUAUUAUAUAUCGCCAUGGCAAUUCGUCUAUUUAAUACAGUUUGUCUUCCGAGGUUACAUCAAUUAUACAGGUGUUUGAUGACGCAGGUACACUUCCGGCAAACUAUUCCUGAGGAUUAUGAAGACGUACUGUCUAUACGGAAACAUCUAAAUGGCGGAUUCGAUUACUUACCUGGAGAAUACCACGAUCUACUGAAACAUCGAACAGGAGUAGCCGGAUUCAUCGGUAAUGAAAUGAUAGCCUUCAUGUUAGUGUGUGUCAUUGAUGAUGGAGACGGUGUCGUGAUGCAGGCUGCUAGAAUUCGGGAAGCGUACGCCAGUAAAAGGAUAUUCUCUCAGAUGAAAAGAUACGCCUUCAAACUUUGUGGCAAGGGUGUAUAUAGAAGUGUCAUGUGUACAACAAAACCAGCAUACUUGCAACUCUUACAACAGAAAGGAGCUCGUAUCGUAUUUCAGAGGAAUGUGGCUAUUUUCAAAACCAUGAAGCCAGCUCUAAAACAGACAGGAGCACUAUUUCAUGACCCAUUGGCUGACAUGAGAGUGAUGACACCAAACAUCUUAGAAAGAAUCUUCAUAUCGGAAGAGGCUAAAGAGAGAUUAUUUCCAGAAAACAGAAUUGUCAUUGAAUGCGUUCCGUAUCAGCUGGUAAUAUCAAAUAUACGUCAAAUAUUUAACUCCAAGGGGAAACUGCUCGCUAGUACUAGCGGCGAUAUAGAUACAGAUCUAAAUUCUUCAAACAUACCGAAGUUGAUAUCAGCCACAACCAGUACACCAUGUGAGGCAGGGACAGUUGUAUAUCUUGAUUUUUUUGGCGAAAUAAAUGACAGAGCUCUUGUCUCUGCUCAUAUAUUAGAACAGCUUACAUGUUUACAAGACACAUGUAAUAGCAAUGUUUUCAUGUACGUCACAUAUGGGUUGGAACAGCCCAUAGGCGCCGUUUAUCAAGUCUUAUCUAGAUAUUCAUGGACAAUGAUCAAUUCUGAAAUUAUCUCGGGCAUUGAAGAAACAAUUUAACACUUUCUAUACAGUAGAAUGACAUGGUGCUUAAACCAUGCAUUAUACUCGUUCAAAAAAACAUGUUUAUAUAUAUAUACCGGAGUUUUAUUCUUCGAUAUAACAAGCAUUUAACACAGUAAAUCCAUGAGGUCAAGAGUGAUAAAAUGCAGUGUCAAACACCAUCAACAAGGGACUUUGGUAAGUCCACCUUUACAAACGUUCUUCAAAUGUCGAUCAAGUUCCAACAUGGACGUAAUAUACCAAUAAUAAUUUGCACUCCGUGAAACCUAUCAUCGGUGAAUUGUCUCCAUGCUAUAGACACAACCACCGAGACGAAAUUGUCCUUGCCCGUCUUUGGAUGGGCAAAACAGAACUUACACCUUCCUUUAUACCCAAUACCACCACACAGAAAUGCACCAAAGUUAACUUUCAACAUAAACCAUUUACUUAUCAUAUAGUUGUAAAGAACCUUACCUCAACCGAUAGUUUUCAGUUUAAUUAGUGGUCAGUAUUAUCCAAAAUAGUGU